CCUGAAGAGGGCGAUGUGGCUCCCCAUUUGCCAAUAGCAGCAGCAGAACCUUGGUCUCCUUGCAGCUCCAGCUUCCUUUGGGUGCCUCCCCGGUGAUCUGCCCACAUUGAUUGCUCUUUAUGAAAUACUGAAAAGACACUUGCCGCCAUCACUAACUACUCCAAAGUAUUCUGUCUGACAUUGAGAGGAUGAUGAACGCUUGGAGUCAAGUGCCAUUUUAUUAAGACUUCAUCUGUCAAACAAGAAGUCCUGGGGUCUUGGGAUAAUUUUGCUUUCCUGCAUCUUCAUAUAUCCAGCAUCCUUCAAAAGGCUCAUUUUAUUUUUGGAGAUUAAUUCUGGAAUCUUAUUGAUGAAAAAUAAAAGAACCAAUUACAUUUAAUGCUUUGAUUUAUGCACUAGAAUUAGAGAAACUCAUUUUCUUCUUUCUGGAUUGAAUCCUGAAAUUAACGCCAGCGUCUUGAAGCUUUGAAAGCAAACAUGGUAGGAUCUUGAACGUAUGGUACUUUACAACCAAGGAGGAAGGAGUGAAGGAUGGCUUCCAGAGAGAGGCUUUAUGAACUUUGGAUGCUCUAUUGCAAUAAGAAAGACCCAGACUAUUUGAAGCUUUGGUUGGACAGUUUUGUUUCUAGUUAUGAACAGUUUCUGGAUGUGGAUUUUGAGAAACUACCCACUCGGGUGGAUGAUGUUCCUCCUGGAAUAUCGCUGCUUCCUGAUAACAUCCUUCAGGUCUUGAGGCUGCAGCUGCUAAACUGUGUCCAGAAAUUGUCAGAUGGACUGGAAGAACCACAGCAAGCCUUGUCACUUCUCCUCGUCAAAUUCUUCAUAAUCCUUUGCCGAAAUUUGGCUAACGUGGAAGAGAUUGGGUCUUGUUCCUAUAUUAAUCACGUCAUUACGAUGACUACACUCUAUAUUCAACAGUUAAAGAGUAAAACGAAGGAAAAAGAAGUGGCAGACCAAACACCCAUAGAAGAGUUUGUGAGGCAUGCACUGGCUUUUUGUGAAAGUCUCUACGAUCCAUAUCGAAAUUGGAGGCAAAAAAUUGCAGGGCGAAUUCUGACCACUGUUGAAAAAAGCAGACAAAAAUAUAAACCAGCUUUGCUUACGGUGGAGUUUGUCCCUUUCUUUUACCAGUGUUUUCAAGAAAGUGAGCAUCUCAAAGAAAGCCUCAAAUGUUGUCUGCUGCACCUGUUUGGAGCUAUUGUGGCUGGUGGACAGAGAAAUGCUCUUCAAGCCAUAUCUCCUGCCACCAUGGAAGUCCUGAUGCGUGUAUUAGCAGACUGUGACAUGUGGGAUGACAGAGACCCGGAUGAAGUGAGCAGGAAGGCAGAACUGACGCUGAUGUGCCUGACGGAAGUGGUACACAUCCUUCUGACCAGCAGCUCAGAUCAGCGGCAAGUAGAAACCAGUACCAUAUUGGAGAACUACUUCAAAUUGCUCAACUCUGACCAUGCAGCUUUGCCUAACUCACAGAGAUCUCGACAGUGGGAAAGCAGGUUCAUUGCACUACAGAUUCAAAUGCUGAAUACCAUCACCGCCAUGUUAGACUGCACAGAUAGGCCUGUUCUGCAAGCAAUCUUCCUUAACAGCAAUUGUUUUGAGCAUCUUAUUCGACUGAUGCAGAAUUGCAAGCUGUUUUUAAAUGCUAACAGUAAGGUGGCAGACAAGAAUGAGAAAGACCUUGCCAACAAAUUACUGACAGAAAUGAAUCAGGAACAGGUGUUUCAGGGACAGCUAGAUUGCUUGGCAGUAUCAGCCAUUCGAGCCCUUACAGCAGUGAUGCACAAAUCACCAGCUGCUAAGGAAGUGUUUAAGGAGCGGAUUGGUUAUGCUCAUAUAUUUGAAGUACUUAAAUCUAUGGGUCAGCCUUCACGGGAACUACUUGAAGAACUUAUGAACAUGGCGGUUGAGGGUGACCAUGCAACUGUUGGCAUGCUGGGCAUAAAUAAUGUCCAGCCAUUGCUGCUGCUGAUCCAAUGGCUUCCAGAGCUUGAGUCACACGAUCUUCAGGUCUUCAUCUCAAACUUGCUGAAGCGGAUUUGCUGUAUUAACCGGCAGAGUCGUGCCAUCUGUGUCAAUACAAACAUGGUCAUGCGUGUCAUUGAGACGCUCAGUAGACACUCCCUGCUGCAUGGAGCCUGUGCUGAGAAUCUGAUUGCCCUCUUGGGCUCUUUGGGGAGCCAAUCCAUGAGCUCUGAAGAACUGCACCAGCUUAUUAGGCUACUCAGGACUCAGGACCCAAAGCAGGCACACCCGUAUGUUGUCCCUGUGAUGCGGGCGAUCCUUACGAUGGCUCGAAAACAAGGCCUGGACAGUGCUUUGCAGUAUUUUGACUUAUCACACAGCAUGGCGGGCAUUUCAGUGCCACCCAUUCACAAAUGGCCAGGUUCUGCAUUUGCUUUCAGUGCUUGGCUGUGCCUGGACCAAAACCAAGGGACUCCCAGUGCCAGUAGCAAGGGCGGCAAGAGGAAGCAACUCUACAGCUUUUUUACAGGAAGCGGAAUGGGCUUUGAGGCGUUCAUUACUUGUUCUGGAACACUUGUGGUGGCUGUCUGUUCGAAGAAGGAAUAUGCGACCGUGAUGUUAUCAGACCAUUGCUUCUGUGAUUCUCUCUGGCACAACAUAACCAUUGUUCAUAUGCCUGGGAAAAGACCCUUUGGUCAAAGCCUCGUCUACAUUUAUGUAAAUGGACAACAGAAAAUCUCAGCACCACUCAGAUUUCCUGCUAUGAAUGAGCCUUUUACAUCCUGCUGCAUUGGUUCUGCUGGUCAAAGGACAACCACUCCCCCACCAUCGCAGAUUCCAGAUCCACCUUUCUUGUCCCCUAUCUUGCCUCAUCGGACCUCGCUGGGUGGGAUCCUCAGUCCAGGCAGCUGGAGUGGGCUGAUGGCGAAACCAGAAUUAGUCACCAAACUGAUCUCAGCAGGAACUCAAGAUAGCGAGUGGGGAUGCCCUACCUCUCUGGAAGGCCAGCUUGGAUCAGUUAUUAUAUUCCAUGAAAUAUUACAGCCAUCCCAUGUGAAAGCAUUGUAUUUGGCAGGUCCAAACUGCUUAACUCCAUGGAAGUCCCAAGAAUCUGAAGUGGCUGAUUUGCCCAGUAAAAUACUUCUUCAUUAUACUCCCAAGGCUUGCAGAAGUCCAAUAUGUCUUGACCUUUCUACAAAUCUUCUACAUGGAAGACUAACAGGGAACAAAGUCGUUAACUGGGAUAUUAAGGAUAUGAUCAAUUGUAUAGGUGGCCUUAAUGUGCUGUUCCCACUGCUAGAGCAGAUCAGCUUCCUGGAUGGACAUUUACUUGAGAGGCCAGAGGUAGAAUCUGUGCCUGCUCCUGAGCUGCUAACGCCUGUAGAAGGAGACUGGGUGAUGUUAACCUCCACCAGAGCUUCAGAGGCUCGCUUGGAGAAGAACAUUGUUGCAACUUUUAUCCUAACGAUAAAGCACUUUAUUCAGAGGCAUCCAAUCAACCAGGAUAAUCUUGUUCAUACACAUGGAGUUGCAACCUUAGGAGCUCUUUUGAAGAAGGUGUCUAGCAGCUUUGUGGAUGUAAAUGUAUUGAUGGCUGUCCAGUUACUGAUAGAACAAAUCUCUGCGGCAAAGAACACACAGCUUUUGCAACAGAUGUAUCAGCACUUACUCUUUGACUUCAGCAUCUGGAAUCGUGGAGACUUCCCAUUCCGAAUUGGCCAUAUCCAGUACAUCUCUACAAUUAUCAGAGAUAGCAGGAGGCUUUUCCGAAAAAAGUAUGGCGUACAGUUUUUAUUGGAUACUCUAAGGAUUUAUUAUGGGAAUGGCUACAAAGACAGUGACCUGGCUCCAGAUGAUCUUAGAACAAUAAGAACAUCUCUGCAUGGAUUAAUCAAAUAUUUCCUGAGCAAAGGUGGCACACAUGAAGAAGUCCAGAGCAUCAUGGGGUAUAUAGCAGCCAUCAGUGAUGAGGAACAGCUCUUUGGGAUCCUGGAUGUUCUCUUCAGCCUGCUUCACACUAGCCCAACCCGUGAUCAGAUUUUCUUGUUGCUUUUUGAGCCAGGAAAUGCAGACAUCCUCUAUGCUCUCUUGCUGAAUCAGAGGUACUCGGAUAAACUAAAGGAGCUUGUCUUCAAGAUUGUGGAGCAGAUGCUGAAGUGCACAAAAGUCUAUGAACGGAGCAAACAACGUAUGAAACUCAGAGAAGUUGGAUAUUCCGGACUGGGACUACUCCUGAAUGACUCUCCAGUUACCACAUCUUUCAUUAAGAGCCUUCUCAAUCAAAUUCUGAAUGCUGAUCCAGUUGUGAAUUACAGGGACUUCAUUGCGGUGGUAUAUUUGGCUCACAGAACAGAUAUAAAUGUCAGAGUGGCCAUCUGCCGAAAGCUUUUGCAAAUUCUACAUUCCCAGCAGGAUGCAGCACAACAGAUUUCUCAGCAGCUUGGCUGGCAGGAGACAUUGACAAGACUCUUCUUAAAAGAGAAUGCUGACGUCAGAAAUGGUGUGAGGGACUACAAAAGUGAUUGUGCUAGAGAGGAUGAAAAGCGAACUUCUGCCAAAGAUCAUCAGAAACGCUACUCUUCUAAGGCAGAUGGGGAAGAUGGUACCAGUUUUGCAUCUGUUAAUGGUUCGUGUGACCAUUGGAGCUUAGAAGAUAGCAAAUCUGUGUCAGUGCUUGAAGAUAGCUCCCUGGCAGAGAUGUCGUUCAGACCUGAGGACCAAGAAGAGUUAUGGCAAAAGAAUCCUUCACACUUGAGUUUAGACCUGUCAAGUGUUGAUUCCUAUGAAAUGGGUGAUAAUGGGAGCCAGAUGGCAGACAGCUUGCCUAGCACCCCUUCACCCAGUGAUCAUACUAAGACGUUUUCUGGGCAGCUUGACAAAGAACCAGGCGCUGUGGAGGAGGUGGCAUUCUCCACUGAACUUUCGUUAUUUGAAAUUCAUGAGGCAUGCGAAGAUGAUCUUGUACAGUUGCUCACAGACGUUCUGCUCUGUGUGAUGUGGAAAGGCAUAGAAAGGUCUGAUGCUGCUGCUUGGAUUGAGAGGGGACAAGUUUUCUCAGCUCUCACCAAACUGGGGAUAUCCAAUGAGCUAUUGCGACCAUCUGAUGAAAUAAAACUCAAUUUGUUAGAGAAGAUGCUGGAAUGGGCAGUCACUGACAACAGAGAUGCCAAGUCCCUCCCAGCAUAUGCAGAAAAUGCCUUCUGGCUGCUGCUUAUGGUGCAAGAUUUCCUGCAAGCAGAAGGUCUUGUGAAUUCAAGUCUCUGGACAGAAAAGCUUUUGGAAGAGCUGGUGACUCUCAUGGACACUUUGUCAGUCUGGUACUCAUCUGGCUCAGAGUAUGUGAAACUCUCCCAAGUACAGAUCCAGCUGCUUCUUGGAUUCAUUGGACAGGAUAAUUUACAGGUUUGUGCUAUGGCUGCAGCCAAACUCAACACCCUUCUUCAGACCAAAGUACUUGACAACCAAGCAGAGUCCUGCUACCUCCUGGGCCAGUUGGAAGGUAUCCUGAGGAGAUCUAUUAGAGAAAAAACAGAAACCUAUUCCUUCUUGAUCCCUCUUGUUCGAACUCUUAUAUCCAAAAUAUAUGACCUUCUGUUCAUGAACUUGCACUUGCCAUCCCUGCCAUCUACUAAUGGAAGCCCUUCCUUUUUUGAGGACUUCCAGGAUUAUUGCAGCACUGACGAAUGGCAGGUUUACAUCGAUAAAUAUAUUAUUCCAAAUAUGAAGCAGUAUGAACUCAGCACUUUCAGUGAUGGCCAUGAACAUAUGGCAGUGUUUUGGAAGGAUUGCUAUGAGGCACUGAUGGUGAACAUCCAUAAGCGAGAGCGGGAGCGAGGAGAAAGCAAGCUCAAGUUCCAGGAGUUUUUUGUGGAGCCAUUUAACCGAAAGGCACGGCAGGAAAAUAUGCGAUACAAUAGCAUGCUGAAACAGCUGAAUAACCAACACACAGCAACUCUGAGGCAGUGGAGGGCCACCAAACUCUACCUCACUUGUGAACAGGGCCCCUGGGCUGAAAGGAAACCAAAUAAAACUCACUGGAAAAUUUCAAAUGUGGAAAAUUACUCACGAAUGAGAUUAAAAUUAGUACAGAAUUACAAUUUCAAUUCUCACCAGGAGGCCAGUGCCCUCAGGGACAAUCUAGGGGUGCAGCAAAUGCCAUUGUCAAGUGAGACUUUGCUCCUGGAAGCUGUGAAGCAAGUGAAAGUCAGUGAUAUGGAGGAUGAUAUCCUUGAACUGCCAGAUGAAGAUCCAGCAUCCAGUGCAAACAUAGAUGAGAAGGAAGAACAGAGCCAGAAAGAAAAACUAGUGCUCUCUGAAGACUGUGAACUUAUUACAAUAAUUAAUAUAAUACCUGGCAAACUGGAGGUCACUACCCAACAUAUUUAUUUUUAUGAUGGAAGCAUUGAGAAAGAGGAAGGUAUAGGUUUUGAUUUUAAAUGGCCUCUUUCUCAAAUUCGAGAGGUUCACUUGCGUCGCUAUAAUUUAAGGAGAUCAGCCUUGGAGAUCUUCUUUAUUGACCAAACUAACUACUUCCUUAACUUUAAAAAGGAGGCUAGAAAUAAAGUGUAUAGCCGGAUCCUAUCACUGUGCUCUCCAAAUAUUAGUGGGACAAGAUCUCCCCAAGAAUUAUUUAAAGCAUCAGGACUGACCCAGAAAUGGGUGAACAGAGAGAUUUCCAACUUUGAUUACCUCAUUCAGUUAAAUACUAUGGCAGGACGAACCUACAAUGACCUUGCACAAUAUCCUGUAUUUCCGUGGAUCCUACGGGAUUACACUUCUGAAGAACUGGAUCUGAAUAAUCCUGCAGUAUUCCGAGAUUUGUCCAAACCCAUUGGUGUGGCAAAUGAAAAGAAUGCCAAGGCUGUACAAGAAAGGUAUGAGAACUUUGAAGAUCCUCUUGGAAUUAUUGACAAGUUCCACUAUGGUACUCACUACUCCAAUGCAGCUGGGGUUAUGCAUUACCUCAUUCGAGUAGAGCCUUUUACCACGUUACAUAUCCAGCUCCAGAGUGGCAGAUUUGACUGUGCUGAUCGGCAGUUCCAUUCCAUUUCUGCUACCUGGCAAGCUCUCAUGGAGAAUCCAAAUGAUGUGAAAGAGCUAAUCCCAGAAUUCUUCUACUUCCCAGAGUUCUUAGAGAAUCAAAAUAAUUUCAACUUGGGUCAGUUGCAGAUCUCAAAAGAAGUAGUGAAUGAUGUUGUCCUCCCAAAAUGGGCGCAUUCCCCAGAGGACUUCAUUUAUAAACACAGGAAAGCAUUGGAAUCAGAAUAUGUCUCUGCCCAUCUGCAUGAGUGGAUAGACUUGAUUUUUGGAUAUAAACAGAGGGGGCCAGCUGCAAUAGAGGCAUUUAAUGUCUUCUAUUACUGUACUUAUGAAGGAGCUGUAGAUCUGGAUGCCUUGACAGAUGAGAAAGAAAGAAAAGCUUUGGAAGGGAUGAUUAACAAUUUUGGGCAGACACCUUGUCAGCUGUUGAAGGAGCCUCAUCCUGCAAGACUUUCUGCCGAGGAAGUGCUACAGAGGCAAACCAAAAGUGAAAACUCUACCCUUAAUCUGUUCCAGCAUCUCCCUGAGUUGAAGUCCUUCUUCAUUGAGGGGAUCAGUGAUGGGAUACCCAUUGUUAAAGCCAUAAUCCCUAAGAAUCAGUACCGUUCUUUCAUGUCACAGGGGAGCCCAGAAACCCUGAUAACUGUGAGUGUCAACUGUAUUAUUGGAACCCAUGGGUGGCUACCUUAUGAUCGAAAUAUCUCCAACUAUUUCACUUUCCUCAGAGAUCAAACUGUGACAAAUCCCAAGACACAGCGAUGUGUGAGCGGCCCUUUUGCCCCAGGAUUGGAGAUCACACCCAAGUUGUUUGUGGUGUCCCAUGAUGCAAAGCUGCUUUUCAGUGGAGGGCACUGGGAUAAUAGUAUCCGAGUGACCUCACUCACCAAGGGGAAGUUGAUGGCACAACAUAUUAGGCAUAUGGAUAUUGUGACAUGCCUAGCUAUGGACUUCUGCGGAAUCCAUUUAAUUUCUGGCUCAAGGGACACCACUUGCAUGAUAUGGCAGAUAGUUCAACAGGGAGGAGUGCCUAUAGGUUUGGCCCCUAAACCUUUGCAGAUUCUCUACGGACAUACCAGUGAAGUCUUUUGUGUUGGUAUCAGUACAGAACUGGACAUGGCGGUUUCAGGAGCCAAGGAUGGAACUGUGAUUGUUCACACUAUUCGGAAAGGUCAGUACAUGAGGACUCUGAAGCCACCUUGUGAGAGUUCCCUCUUGCGCACUGUUCCAAAUCUGGCUGUAUCUUGGGAAGGAUACAUAGUCGUUCACACAAGCCUAGAAGGAAAGACAUCUCUCAAGGACAAGAAUUCACUCCACCUCUAUUCUGUGAAUGGAAAAUAUUUGGGCUCUGAGAGCCUGAAGGAGGAAGUGUCAGAUCUCUGUGUGACUGGAGAAUAUAUUGUAAUGGGGAGUGUGCAAGGAUUCCUGUCCAUAAGAGACCUAUACAGCUUGGGCCUUAGUGUCUCCCCCUUAGCCAUGCGACUACCUAUUCGCUGUCUCUCUGUUACCAAAGAGUUCAGUCAUAUUCUGGUGGGCCUCGAGGACGGCAAGUUGAUUAUCGUUGGUGUUGGAAAACCAGCCGAGGUAAAACCUACCCUCAAGAACUUGCUAUACCGCACAGUGGGAAGCUCGCUUAUUUCUGCUUUCCAGCUGAGCAAGCGAUCACCUCUUUGGCAGGGCAAACUUCAGAGCAAUCCUGAGCUUCCCAAAGGGAAGAAAUAAUUCCCAAUAUAUUCCUGUAGUUUCUUUUUAACAGAGCCCCCCUUACUAGAAGCAAAGAGCAUAGAAGCGGAAAGUGUGGGGAAAUUUCAUGUGUGCCUGGACUAAUGUACAGAUCAUGCUGGCUUAAGCUGGGUAUGUUAAUGGUACUUUCUGGUGCUUGCUUGCUUGAGUAACCAACUGAACUUCCUUAUUGCUGUCUGUCCUAAAGCAGUUUCGUUCUAAAAACUAACACAUUGUCACUAUUUACAGCUCAUGACAUUAGACCUUGGGAAGAACACUGAAUUAGACUCUUUGGGGCUACUUCUGGAAUAUUCUUUUGGUUUUUGUUUAAUUGUUUUAGGUUUGAUCUUUAAAAACGUAAUUAAAUAUUGAUUGCUGCUACACCUAUGAGAAGGGCAAAUGUUACUAUGGGAUUGUAUGGUGAAUAGAAAGUUGUCGGAUGCAUGGACCCACUGCACAGUGUUCACUAGGCCUGCACUUUAGCCCUACUGCACAAAAGGGUCUCACUGAAAGUAUUUCUUAGAACAACUGUGCCAAAGUCCUCCAGUGCCAUUGAGGAAAGAUGCAAAUUUAGGCUUUCUGAACCAUUGGAAUUAACCAACAUCUUCUGUGGGAAAACGUCUAAUUUCACAGUGAAGCCUCAGAGAGUAUAUUUUUAACUCCAGCAAACCUCUGCACUGACUUCAUCAGAAGAGGCCAGGAAGUAACGGAGAAUUUUCUUGCGCUUUUUCCUGAGGAGCACGUAAACACUUUUACAGUUUGUUUCUGAAGUGUCACACUGGGGGAAUUAGACAAGCACUUUUAAAUUUCUGAACAUUUUUUGCACUGAUCGCCUCUGAUCCAAAACCUAAAUGGGCCCAAGCCAUAGUUCUGAGAAAGUCAAAAGCCCCCAAGCACUGCACUGCUGUGUCGGUUAGCAAUUACGUAAUGACAUUUUUGCCAAAAAGAUUCUGUGUGCUGUUAAGAUCUCAGAAAGUCAUGUCUCUCUAACUGCACCAGCCUGAUUGGGCCAUUGUGGAUGUAGGCAAAGUCUCUCAUUUCUUAUUUAUUUAUUUAAUUUCAUAAUAGAUUCUAUUAUGCACAGAUUAUUUCACUCGAGAUCAGUUUAAAUGUGUGUAUCAAAUUGGCAUCAUGACAAUUUUUUCUUUUCCUUUUCUCAUUGCUAUUGUGCAGAAUCACAUUUUGUUUUCCUCUCCAACCUUUGCCACCCCAAAACAUUGUCAAAUUCUUUGUUUUCUCUCUAAGCACUGUCCUGUGCAUGUCUAAAUAUGUCCCAUUGUGUUUAGCAAGAUUUGUUUCCUAUUACAUUCACUUGCAAUAGCAACCCUACAUGGAAUGUUUAAUAUGGUGCCUUUUCCCUAUUUGCAUUAUUAAACGUAAUUCAAAAAGCACCAAAAUAGCCUCAAUUCCCCUUUCUUCAGAAUGCAGAGCAUUUUAAAGAAAUAGCACACAUAGUCUUUAUAAAACCACUUGACAAUGUGACUCGUAACAGUUAUAACGUACAACAGAGACGUCCACAUUGUUUUGCUUGUUAGUUUGCUCCAGAAUUUUCCAAGUGUUGAAACACUACCAGAAUAAAUUGCCUUUUUGUUUGUACAUGUGCGGUGUAUCUUGUGCUGUAUAUGCUUUUCCAGAAUCGUCUGAAGUUUUUAUUUAAUUUAUCCCCUUUAUCCGCUUCCCCCCUUCCUUUUUGUUUCUCUGAAUUACUCUGAACAGAUGCGCGCAGGCCAACUCUCUCGAAAAUUAUGGGGUUCAAGCAAACGGAUCAGCCAGAUUUCAUCAGGAGAAACUGAAUAUAACACUCAAGAUUCCAUGUGAUUUCUGAUCCUGCCUUCUCUUGAAAGAUUCCACAAAUUUAUUUAAUCUUCUGAUCAUAUUUCAAUCACAUCUCUGAACUUUCUCAGUUAUGUUGGUGCAGCAGCACAAUUUCCACAGGCAGAUAUGCAAAUUGGCAUAAUAGCAUAUGUUGUUUUUGUAACUAUACCAGAAGCAGAAGCAACAAUCUAAUUCAGCACUAAAUAUACUGAGUGUGUGUUUGUGCAUGCACAGGUACACAGAAGUUAGAGGAAAGAGAAAAGAUUUAAUAGAUGUUGGCAUUCACUUGUCGCAGUAAUCAUCCUAGAAAUAUAUAAUGGCUACCUGAAAAUCAAGACAACUGAACUUUCUGGCCAUUUGGCAUGGAAUGUGGCAAAUAUCUUUAGGUCAACAAUCACCAUUGUUAAGGCAAGGUUUUGGUCAUUUGUUGAGUUUCCUUGCUUGCUGACCUGAACAUCAACAUCACCAGAGAGCUACCAUUCACUGUAACUUAUAGAUGAUAAAGGCCAUUGUCCAGUGUUCUUAUUCACAAGAGCACAGAUUAGGUAUUUGCAGCUAGGUACUGUUCCCCUCCCCCUUGAAUAACAGUUCUUACAAACACACUGCCUAAGCCAUUCUCAUAUGUGAAUGUCUUUGGAGACAGGAAAGUUACUGUUGUGUCCCGCCACCCCCAAAGCAGCAGCAAAAUUUCCAGUUUAACACCCAGAUAUGACCUACAUAGUCUUCUGCAUUUUAGCCAAUUUCUUCAAAUUAUUUGAUAUAAAUAAAUAAAUUUAAAACUCUGUUUCUCACUCUGAACCUUCCUUAGUCUGACAAAUCUGAAUUGUGUAUAAUAGGCCUGCAAACAUGCUACACUGAACGGGUCAGGAAUUUGAAGAAGUCAGUAUAUUAUUUAGAUCAGUGAUCUUUAAGGGAUUUUGGACUUCAGCUCCCAUAAUCCUAGACUGUUGGCCAACAUGGCUGAGACUUCUGGGAGCUGAAGUCCAAAAUCUGUUAAAGGGCAUAGUUUGGGGACCACUGAUUUAGGUGAACAUUUUUAUUGUUUGCUGCAAGCUGCAUUACUAUCAUAUUGUCUUUCUCCACUCAGAAUGGUUUCUCAGGAAGAGUCUCUGUUGCACUGUUUUACUGUCACAUGCUGGCUUGCUAAUGCAUGCGACUGAAUGGCAUGCAUACCAGAAGUGGAGAGAGCUGCAUGAUGCUCUUCAUAUCAUGCUAUUGUGAUUUAUUUCCGCAAAACACAAUUCAGCUCCCAGAUUAAUGAAAACUUUUUUUGAGUAUUAAAUGCAGCAUUAGAGAAAAAAAAGAUAAUGUAUCCUGAGGUAGAUGAAACAGGUAUUUACCUCUGAAAACUGGACUGAAGAAAUUGAAUGAUGGUGUGUGUGUGUGCAUGUGUGUGUGUGUGUGUCAUAUAUCUAAAGCCAGUCCAUAAUGAGAGAUUUUCAUAGAGGUUGGGGUUUUGUUUUCCUCUUGAGUCUGAGCUUGCAUAUGCAAAAGGUAUGUGAGAUGAGGGUGUGGGAAAAGAUUUCAGUGAAUGGCCAAGUAAUUAUUUUGCCUGGUAGAUGUACUCUUUUGUACAGUGGUGUUUACUUAUUGGAGGCUUUGGGACUAAAUCCCAUAAUGCCUACCCAAAAGUGUGAUGGGUGCUGUAGCUAACUAUGGUAGUUAGCUUUUCAUGAGGAAGAAGGCCUCAUGCAAAGAGUCAUAGUGCACUAACAGAGUUUGAUUUAAGGAUAUAUGAGAUAGAGGGAACAACAAAUAAGAGGAAGCAAAGCGUUACAUGCCUUUAUAGUUUAUUUUGGCUGUACAUUUCACAGUUGCCAGCACACAUUUUUCUGUACAGUGGUAGUUCUAAGUGAAAACGUAUCUGAGAUCAAUUGUAGGUCCUUAUGUGAUGGGAUGGGGAAUGACAACAUUUUAGUAGUAGCAUUUGAACGGGAGAAUUCUGACCUCUGCAAAAUGCUUUCUUUUUUAAAAAAUGGUUGUUUGGUUGGGACUUCUUUUGUGUGUUUUACUUGUGAGAAGAGUAUAGUUUUAAAAAGUGUUUCAUAUAGAUCAUUGGUAAUUUAUUAUAGUGUACUGUAUUACUAUAUGUCAGUGCCCUGCUUUGACAAUUUUAUGAAAAUGGCUUUACCACUUUUUGCAAAUUUGCUUCAAGGCUAAAAAGUGGCUGCUUUGUAGAAGAAACACACACAAAAAAGCAGGGGGAUAGUCAUUAAAUUUUUAGGCAGAGGUGUUUAGAAAAUUUCCAAAAGUGUUGUACUACAACUUUUAUUAGCCACACUGGCUGGUGUGGUGGGAGCUGUAGUUCACCAGGCUGAAGAAGGCAGGUUCUAUAAAACACACUUGUCUCUCUUCCUUUAGGACAAAAUCACUGUUCUUAUAGUAGACAGAAUACAUACAUUGAGGUUUCCGCUUAUCUAAAGGUUCAAUCUUGAAUUCACUUACAGUGGGUAUAAGCCCUAUUGAAAUUAAUGGGAUGUACUUUAGAUGAUUGCACUGUAAGUGGUGUAUCUCUUUUAAAAAAUCUUCCAGAAACCUAGUUUGGAUGUCAAAUGAUUACGAUUAGAAUAUUUUUCCUGCUGUCUGUGAGGAAAAACUGAAAUAAAUUGUUAUGUGCAUCAGUUUUGCUAACUGCUCAUUAUAGAGGUCAGCUGUGACUUUAAGGGAGCAAUAGAAUUUUCACACAACACUGAAUUUCAACAUAUAGAUGUGGAAGCAACUCUAAAUUGAAAACAGUAUAGUAACAAUACCAAAGAUAACCGGGAAGUGUUCAGACGGUUUAUGAAUGUAGUUUAUUAUAAUUUUAAUACUUCAAGGAGUAUAGAUUGGUGUUGGAUUGUAGCUUGAAUUAGGGUUUUUUUUUUUUAAAUGGUGAUUUAAUUAAAGGAGCUAUUUGAGGGCAUUAUGUUAAUGGUUCCUUGUAAGUGUAUAUAUGAAGUGGGUGUACUGUAUUUCAGACGGUUUCUAAUGUCAGUAAAGUUUCAAGCUGACAAACUCAAAUUUACAUUCGUUUCAGACCAGAAAGCAAAGUGUGGGGAAUUUCUAUAUAUAUUUCUCCCUUAAAUGGGUGCAGAGGUCUCGCAGAAUAAUGUCCCUCUCCAGCCCCUCUUCAUGUUCAAGUAGCUAAUGAAUCACCUCGCAUUUGAGAGUCAACAAAUAAACAUGUUGGACCAAAUCAAACAUCCUCCAAAAAAGGAAGAUGUUUCCAUUCACAGUGCCACUGGACUCAAGAAAGGACCCCUUCCAUAAGUACACAUCCAUUCAUGGAGCAGAAAUGUUGGAUACAGUCUGUAAGACUUGAGUAUAGGACGUAUGGAAUUGCUUGAGAAGGCGGAGGCAUGUUUUCCCCCUCAGUAUUAUGUAACAAUAUCUAUGUGCAGUGCUUUAAUUCUAUAAAGGUUUGGUCCCUGAUUUGUAGCCAAGGCCAAGCAAGUGGAAUUCAGUGGCUCCAUUACUUGACUGGAUUCCAUUAUCAUUAUUGAAAACUGUUUUUAGAAUAUGGCCCUUCUUGGUCCUAAACUGGCUUUUAGUGAGGGCAGACAGUGGCAGCCAUCAACAUUAUUUUAUAUGCACAUGAUAGGACUGAUUUGUUUAACUUAAAAAUAGGUCUGUGACUUAAAAAGGGAGUCAGGGUAGCUAAACAACCACCUGACUAUGGCCAACUGACCAUUUUUCUAAUACUUCUAAUGCCUUUUGACCUACUUACUUAUGUGCUUUCUCAAAAAAUGAAAUAAUUUAUUCAGUAUUAAACUAAUAAUUAAAAUAAUAACCCAUUGUUUGCUCUACCUAGAUCUAAACAUAAUUGUUUAUAAUUCAGUAGAGCUGCUGUUAGUAGAACCAAAGUUGCAUUUAGCCAGAUAAGUAGGACAUAAAAAUAAUGACAAAAUUUCAAUUGCUGGCAUAAAAAGUGACAACUAAAUUAAAUACCAAUGAACUGUUUUUUUGUUUGUGGUUUUUGGGUGUGUGUGUGUGUGUGUGUGUGGAAAGCCACUUAUACAGCAUGUAUAUUAUGUGACAUAAUGUGAUGUAUCUGCCUUUGUACAAAGAUUAUCUGAGGAUUCUUUCCCACAAAUAAGUAGCUUCAAAGUAUAAACUAAAAGAGUUUACUUCCAAAAAUAAUUUAUGCCUAGUGAUGUGUCUCUUAAUGUUGUGUUUGUGUGCCUGUGGGGGGGGGGGGGGCUAUGUGUGUGAGUGAGUGUAAAACAAAUACAUGGUCACUCUUUGGUCCUAAAGAUACAGUUGGCCCUCCACAUUUGCGGCUUUGAUUAUUCAUGGGUUUGAUUAAUAUGUUCUCUCUGAGUUUCUAGGUCUUCGCGUAUGUCUCCAUGGUCAAUGUGUGUCAAAAAGUGCACUGGAGGACCUAGAGGUUCCUAGAGUGAUGUUACCUUAGGUUAAGAAAAAUAGUGGGGGCUUUUUUAUUUGCUGUUUUUCCACAUUCAUAAGGGUCCUGUGCCCCUACCCCAGUGAAUGUGGAGGGUUCACUCCACUUAGAUGGAAGCAAGUUCCUCUGGCAUAACAUGCAUUCCCCAACCCUCCAUUUCUCUUGCAAUGUCACUGGAAAACUGCAGGAGAGAUCAGGCAGGCAGGCAGACAUGGGGAUGCCAAAACCAUUCUACCUCUUUAUAAAUGGUUCUUAUUUAAUCAAGUUCCAGAGCUGGAAGUGAAUCUAUUAGGUGGGAUCAGUGCAGGGUGGUGAUGUGUAAGAGAAAACUGGCUGGUAUGAGAAGGAUUAAAACACCAACUGCUGGGUGUCUUUCAUAAGUGUUUUCUCUUCCCCUCAUUCUUGUUACCUUGACAAAUGCAGCACUCCAGCAAUGGCUUAGCAAUAGUUAUGGUGUAAAGAGACUUGCCUAGAAUCAGAGUAUUGCAGGAAGUCUCUACUUUUUGACACAUAUCCUUUUGAAAGGUGUGUGUCUACCUUCUCUGCUCCACUUCAGACUGGUAUUCCCUUCUGAGGUUUCCUCUGCCGAUCUGUCUUUCCAUUAAGUUGUAGCAUAUUAUGAAUUCUCCUUUUGUACAUGGAUGCGGUUUGCAGAAACAUAUUUAUCUGGUAAAAAUAUGGUACAGAAAGUACUUAUUCCAUUUUGCAUCAGGGACUUUGGCAACAUACAGCUUUCCAGAUGCUGGAUUGCAAUUCCUAUCAGCCCUGGCCCGUAGUGGUGAGAGGCAAUCUUAAAAAUUUUUGAGGACCACUGGUUGCCCAUCAAUGUUAUUACAUGAAAGCUGUCUGCCAGAGGUUAUGAACAUUUUGUUUAUCAGAGAGAGAUAGAGACAACACUAUGAUGCGAAUAAACACUAAUUAAUAUCCUAAAUUGCUAACCUUUACAAAAAGAAAAGCCAAGACUUUUAUUAGAACAAUGAAUAACCACAUUUUACAUUUUACUUACUCUUCCGAUUGCUGACAAAGGCAGCAAUGAAAUAUUAAAGACAUCCACCACAAUCUGACUAGUUAACUGGAUGUCAGCCGAUUAAAAUCAAAAGGAUUAACCAUGCUUCACUUUGUUUUCGAUGGGGGCUAGCAUGUUUUGUAUUCCUGGGAGUGGAAACGGAUUUACUAUGCAUGAUUUCUGUGAAGUUUGAUCACAAAGAGGGACAAAGGAAAACAUUGGUUUGAUGUGUUUGUUGCAGAUGAUAAUAUCUUAAUCUUUAAAUCGUGUCAUUUCCCACAACUUCAAAUCAGCCUUCACAUUAAUGUGUUUAGCAGUGUGCCAUGGAGUCUUCAUGCUUUUUGUCCAGGUUUGACUGGCAACUCGGAGCUCUGUAGUCUUACAUGUGCUAUAUAAUACGCAUUUGUAUAAUAUGUAUACAUUUUGUAUUCAUGUGUAAUUCUGCUUCAUCAUGUGUUAUCCCAGUGAUAUGGGUCUUGCUGUGGAACCAGGUGCUCUUCUUGCAUAGAGGUGUUUGUCAAUGAUGACCAAAUGAUUCAUGACAUUUAAUAUGCUGGUGAGACUUCUCAAUUGGAGGGUAUUAAAUAUUUGAAAGUAGUAGGAAGUUAUUUUGGAUCAGUGCAUGUAAGCUGGCAGUAUUGGACCUACAGCAUUUUAGAAAGGCAGCAACUGUUGUUGAUAUAACUUGUGGUGCCAUUUUGCUGUUACUCUCAAAUUACCUUGCCCACUGCAGUGCCACUGGGGGAAAAUAUGGAAGAGAUUGUACUGCUUAAUGAAGCUUGGAGAAAUUACUUUCUCCAAGAGCACGACAAGUGGAGUCUGGGAAUUAUAGUCCAAGAAGGCAACCUUUGUAGUUUCUGCUGCUGAGUAAUUGGGAACAAAAGUUUUGUAAAAAUAAUAAUAAAAACACUACUUUCUAUAAUUAGCAACUUGCCUUGGAAAUUAUGCUGCUGUUUAAACUUAAUUUUUCUAAACCACACAGAAAACACAAUUCACUUUACAUGUGCCUCUGCAUUUAUUUAAAACACCACACUUAAUGGCAAAAAUGGAACACUAAGCCUUAAGUAUAUACAGGCAAUUAUAAUCUUAUACUGAUUAUUCUGAUAGUGAAAUUGCGAUUGAUUACAAAGGGGUUUUAAUGCCAAAAAAUGCCUUCAGAUUUUAGACCUGUUUUGAUAUAGUGAGUUUCAACUAGCUUUUAUGUAAAGUCAAAAUAUUUGUUAGUCUUCUGUGCAAUACCUUUCCCAUUUUUUGGGUGCUUUGGAGUUUAAAUAAUAUACUGUUUGUAUUAUUUUAAAAUUUAUGUUGGUAAGAUUUAAUAAUUUUAAGCUUGUAUGUAUGUAUAUUGGCUAACAUUGGGUUUGUUUCUGUACAGCAUGGUGGAAAAUGUUUUAAAUUUGCACUUUGUAGGAUUUACCAAUUUGUAAUUUAACUUUUUAAAAAUGCUUGCUUACUUUGUACAUAAAAUGGAUUGUCAAAUUGGGUUUGUAUAUAACGGAAAGGCCUGAAGCCAAUUAAAUAAAAAAUGAGACAGAUGAUUUGUUCCUUA